UUUUCAAAUUCAUGUUCAUUUUUCUCCUUUGGGUAUUCAAUUUUUUGAAAUUCUUGGAGAGUUUUGUAAGUUUCUUCACUUGGGUUUUCUUCAAAACACAGUCUUUUUCAUCUCUCAAUCAAAGAAAUUGCUCUGAACUACUACUCUGUACUGCAAAAGUGAAGAAGGCAUGGGUGUUGUUCAUACUCUGCAUUUUGUUUUUGGGAUAUUUGGAAAUGCCACUGCUCUGUUUCUGUUCUUGGCACCAAUAAUCACAUUCAAGAGGGUUAUUCAAAAUCGAUCCACUGAACAAUUUUCUGGCUUGCCUUAUGUUAUGACUUUACUCAACUGCCUGCUUUCUGCAUGGUAUGGUUUACCAUUUGUGUCACCAAAUAAUCUGUUGGUGUCUACAAUCAAUGGGACUGGAGCUGUAAUUGAGACCAUUUAUGUGCUGAUCUUCAUUGCAUUUGCACCAAGUAAAGAGAAGAAGAAAAUCUCAGCACUUCUUCUAUUAGUCCUUACUGUUUUUGCUGCUGUAGCCCUUGUUUCCAUGCUCGCUUUACAUGGAAGCAAAAGGAAGCUCUUUUGUGGUAUCGCUGCCACGAUCUUCUCUAUCAUUAUGUAUGGAUCUCCUCUAUCCAUCAUAAGAUUGGUAAUCAAGACGAAGAGUGUGGAGUUCAUGCCAUUUUUCUUGUCGUUGUUCGUGUUCUUAUGUGGCGCUUCCUGGUUUGCCUUUGGCCUUCUUGGGAAGGACCCUUUUGUUGCUAUUCCAAAUGGUUUUGGCUUUGGUUUAGGAACAGUGCAACUUAUCUUAUAUGCAAUCUACUGUGAGAAGAAGGGAUUUACCAAGAAAUCAACCUUUGAUGAGUCGUUGACGACGGGAAAUGUCAAGUCUCACCAAGAGGAGAAGCAAUCUAGCAACAAUAACAAGUCAAAGCUUGAGCAAGUUUAGGAUAUGAUUGCAGUUGGGGAUGACUCUAAUUCUUGAAUGAUGUUGUGAAAUGCGUGCAUCUUUUUUAGGUGCUUGUGAUUUGCUAUAGUGAUCUUUGACAUCUGUUUUAGUAUUGGACUAGUUCAUAUAUUUGGAUUGUACUUUUUCAUCAUCUUUGUUGCUGAAAUAAACCAUGAUCCUUCUUUUA